ACUAAUGUUGCAUCUGUUUUGAAGGAAGUAAAACCCACACACAGGAAAACCCUAAACACACAUUUGCGCAGCAGCUUCUCUCCAUUGUCUCUUCUAGGUUUUUCUCUAUCUUCUUUGUUUAUCCUUGUUUAGGGUUCAUCGAUGGCUCCUCCUGCGAAAGAUGGAAAGAAGGCUGAUCCCAAGGCUCAGGCCUUAAAAGCUGCCAAGGCGGUCAAAUCCGGUGCGUCGACCCUGAAGAAGAAAGCUAAGAAGAUCAGGACCAAGGUUACUUUCCACAGACCAAAGACAUUGAAGACAGACAGAAACCCCAAGUACCCUCGCAUCAGUGCUCCUCCAAGGCACAAGCUGGACCACUAUCAGAUCCUUAAAUAUCCAUUGACCACUGAGUCUGCAAUGAAGAAAAUCGAGGAUAACAACACUUUGGUCUUUAUUGUUGAUUUACGUGCUGAUAAGAAAAAGAUUAAGGAUGCUGUUAAAAAGAUGUAUGAUAUCCAGGCUAAGAAAGUUAACACAUUGAUCAGGCCUGAUGGUACCAAGAAGGCAUAUGUUCGCCUAACACCAGACUACGAUGCAUUAGACGUGGCGAACAAGAUUGGAAUCAUAUAAACAUAUAUUGGCUUUUAUAUUUUUGUCAGAAGCAGAUUAAUUAUCUUUGACAAAUUUGUUAGACAUGAAUAUUUUGAGCAUGCUUUAUGGUGGUAGUUGUGUUUUCAUCCAGAAUCUAUUUGUCUUGGAUAAUGGAUAAUGAUGUGUUUGAUCUCUUUGAUUGCCUGCUA